UGAAUGUGAUUACGGGUUAGGGUUUCGACGUUUUAUUGUGAAAGAACUCGCAGCGGAAGCUGCAUUGUUGUUAGCGGAAACGAAGCCAGCUAGUGGUUAGCAUUGGCUAAACGACCGAAUGUAUAUUAACUUUGUUCAGUGCAGCGCUGAUGAGGGAAAAUGAUGAGGAUACGUGAUGAGGAGACCCUCUUUAGCGAGGACAGCAAACUGGCCAUCGGGACCCUUGGUGAUGCCGGACUUGAAGAUGACACGAGACCCUUGUCAGGUCUAUGGCGGCUGGAGGAUGCCCAAUUCAUGGAGGCCGUGGAGUCCAGCGACGACGAACUUGGCCGCCUUGACAUCGACCUGGACAGGAAGUCGAGACGGCACAAUCUGACGUCGUGCAACGUGCGCGCCAUCCUGCACGAGGUGAUUACUGAUGAGCGCGUGGUGGCCAUGAUGAAAGCUGCCAUCCGAGACACUCAGGACAUGCCCAUGUUUGAGCCAAAAAUGACCCGAUCCAGACUGAAGACGGCGGUCCAGCAGGGACAGUGUCUCAGCUGGAGUUUGUCUGCAGAAAAGACCUUGCCGCAACCUCACUUCCUCAACGUUGACCUUGAGGAAGACGAAGACUCAUCAGAUGAGGAGUACUGUCCAGACGAGGAAGAUGAGGACACGGCUGAAGAGUCUUUCCUCAGUGAUGGUGACAUCAUUUCCCCUCCCAAAGUUGAACAGUCCAAAAUGCUGCUUGAAGGCCUGCAGUGUUCCCCAAGACACUUGACGUCCACUCCUCAAUACGACUUCCCGGACGCCUGCGGCCCCUCCUUCCUGGAGAGACUGAACGCUGUGGAGGAGGAGCUAGACUGCGGUCCCGCCUAUACGACUUUUUCGUCCCACAGGACCGAGGAGGAAGACGAAGGCUCCAGCGGUCUGGCUUUCCGCACACGCUCCAAACUUCGCCUGGUGAAUGUUCCUCUAGAGCAGUUGGAGGCAGAGCUUCUCGCCCCCGAUAUCACAGCAGACAUGUAUGAGCAAAGCCCUCCGCAGCAGGAGGAAGACCGCCACUGGACGCGCUGGCUGCACAGCCUCAUGGCCCCAGACAGUGAAGAGGAUGCAGACGAUGACGACGAUCCGGAGUACAACUUCCUCGAUGACCUGGAUGAACCCGAUUUGGAGGACUACAGGACAGACCGGGCGGUACAGAUCACCAAGAGAGAGGUGAAUGAGCUGCUGGAGGAGCUCUUCGACACGCUCCAGGAGCAGAAACCAGCUGAGGAAGAGGAGGAGCCGCCAGCUGAAGAGGAGGAGUCAGAGACUGGACCCAAAUUUAAUGUCCCUCAGGCUUUGUGCUUUGAGCCACCGUUAGCUGGCAUGCUAACAGAGCGACGACGGGCAGUCCGGGAGCAGUACCAAGCUCUGCAGCACAAGAGAGCCCUGCAGGACACCACCAAUCACCCUAACGACAAGAUGAGGGACACACCAACCCCACAGUCCACCUGGGUGCUUCAGAGCCAAGUCUACCCCAGCCUCCACUUGGACUCUCGCCAAAAACAGCAACUCCAACAGCAAAUCCAGCAGCAUGUGCAGCUGCUGACGGAAGUUCAUCUGCUAUGUCGUGGUGUCAGCGUUAUGCAACACGAAGAGUCCGUCACCAAGCACUUCUUGGAGGAGCUGCAGCGCUUUGCCCUGCGUCAGGAGCAGCUGUUCCAUGCCACUUCUUUUCGAGCGUGCAACCUGCAAGGAGCGCUGGACCUACUUCAGGAAGUGGAGCAGCAAGUUGACGUGCCGCAUCCCCCGCCGGCUCCACCCGCCACGUCCAAACGCUUGCUUCCCAAGAUGACCCCGUCGUCCACCCCCGGCCGCACCUUCCAUGUACUGCCCUCUGACACCGCCUGGCUUUUUGCAACCCGACCGGUCUUCCUCUAUCCACAACUACUUCCUGUUUGCAGCCUGGAUCCCGCCCAGCACACCUCGCCUUAUCGGAGUACUUUUACCGCAGGAGAAGAUGGGCUGAUUGUUUUGGCUUUGAAACACUUUGAGGGAAGCGUGCAGCCAGACCAUCUGAUCAGCUCCCACUUGCUGUGCAAGAGCGCGUGGAACCUGAGGAAGCACAUUCGGGAGAUGAGCAGCUCAAGAGCGCGAUGUGGCAACGUCAUCAAGACGUUUGUAACAGAGCACGUUGUCCCCGCCCUGCCACUGGCCUGUGGAAGAGUACAGCUUGGGGAUCAGCGGCCCCCAGUGGAAAGAGACCCCUCUAUCAUGCCAACUUGGCUGAAGAACAGCCAAGAGAUCAUCCAGAAGACAAAGCUGAACACCUUUCCCCCACGUUAUCCACCAUCCCUUCCCAGAGGCUGCACCCUUAGACUUUACCCCACUCGGGUCAAACAGUACUCCCCCCGAGCUGCCCCUUCCCACAAACGCCUUUUUACGUUGGCCCACAAUGGAUCCCUGCAGCCGAUCUGCCCAGCAGAAGGUCAGGGGGUUGGAGCGGCGAGGAGGCUCCCUCUCCAUUCCUCUCUGUCUACAACCUCAGUUGUUCCUUGCCCAGCUGCUCCACUCAAGGCAAGCUACAUCAUCAUCCAAAGGGAGCAGGCUUUGGAGAAACAUCUCUACAGUCUGCCCCGCGUGGAGCAAGAGGCAGCAGAGGGGCAGCAUCACGUCCAUCUCAUGGCCGGGACGCAAGUGGACACGGCUUCACUGGUAAUGUGUGCACUCCAUCCCACACACAACGAUGCCAAGUGGGAAUCGGGUGGAGAGGAAGGAAGACAAGAUGGAGGACAGGGGGGAGACCAGGGCGGGGAAGGUCAGGGCGGGGAAGGUCGGGGCGAGGAUGGCGAAGGGAAAGAAACAGGGGAAGGAGAGGAUGACAACGUGGGAGGACAGGGGGGCCACGGGGGAGGGAAAGAGGAAGGUCAAGGGGACGACGAUGAGGAGGAGGGAGAGGAGGACGAAGGGCAGGGAGGACGAGACCGAGAGAAGGACGACGAUCAAGAGAGGCAAGAGGAGGACGAGGAGGACGACGAAGACUUUGAUGACCUCACGCAAGAUGAAGACGAGGAGGAAGUGAUGUCAUCUGCAUCAGAGGAGUCCGUUCUGUCCGUUCCAGAGUUGCAGGAGACAAUGAAGCAGUUGACCUGGCUGGCGUCAAAAAGGAGGGAUGUCGCUGACGUAGAGUCCGAAGAAGAUCACUCGCCAACUUCGCCUGGAUCGCAGGAGGAAGAGGAGGAAGAGGAGGAGGGCCCUAAAGGGGAGGAGCUGGGGGAGGGGUCAAGCAGUAAGGUAUCAGAGGACGAUGAGCCACCGACCUUUGAGGAAACACCGCGGGGGGGAGGACGAGGAGCAGGAGGUAGACGAGGAAGAGCAGGCCGGAGUCGUCCUCUUCGAGGUCUCAGGCGAGGUCGUCAAGAGCGCCACAGUAAAGACGCCACUAAACUGUCACUGCUUUACGAUGAAAACAUCCUGGAUAACGACCCCCAGCGGGACAGCAAAGACUUGGCCUUCGCUCAGAGUUACCUCAGCAGGGUCAGCCAAGCUCUGCGCGACGUCCCGGAAAAGAUGGAGGAGUUUGUGUCUCUGCUGAACGAGCUCGGGCAACUGGAAGGACAGGAAGUCCUCAGCGUCUUCAGGAAGCUGCGCUGCAUCCUGGGAAGCCAAACGGAAUUAAUGCGCGACUUUGCUGCCUUUCUACAUCCUGAGCAGGCAUUGGAGUGCGGACUGUUCCAAGAGCAACAAGCCUUCGAGCGCAGUCGGCGUUUCUUGCGACAACUGGAGAUAACUUUUGGAGAUAAUCCGUCUCAUUACAAUAAGAUCAUCAAGGCUCUGCAGCCUGGAACUGACCUGAGCCCGGCCAGCAUCAACGAGCUCAAGGCUCAGAUGGGAUCGUUGCUCAAAGGACACACUCACCUACAAGCGGAAUUCUGGGUGUUUUUCGACGAGCUCCGCCCACCACCAGCUCGCCCGGGACAAUUUGAAGAAGCCCAUUGGCCGGAGGAGGUGAGCGGUGCCCCGGAUGGAGGGGAGGGCUUCGGCAGCCCGAACGGGGGCGUGGCCCAUGGUUUUGAGGAAGUUACCUUACCUGAUCUGGAAGAGGACGGACCAAAGGUCCAACCAAUGGCAAGCCGGCGCCAGAGGCGUAAGAUUGAUCCCCGCAGAAGUUACAAGGAGUCGGACUGGUCCCACCAAGACAAGAGUUGCCUGUGCCGCGACUCGAAGAGCCGCAGACGUCGCCGGAGAGGAUGCUCCCGCUGCCUGGGCGACAAGGGCUCAUGCGGCGUGUCCCGGGCUGCGAAGAGUCUGGGCCCUUUGUACCCAACGGUAGGCUCCACCCCCAAAGAAAGCGUCGAGACAAAGGUGGACGGCAGCGCGGUUCCCAGCCCGCCGGCGUGGGAAGGAUCCUUCCCGCCAGCGGAGAGGGAUGACUUCGGCGAAGAUCAAGCGGAGACCGGCCACAAGACCGAGUCGCCGCCUGCGAAGAGGAAGAGAGAUGAAGACCUACAUCCCCUUUGUGAUCCCGCCACCACCUGUGUCGCUCCGUCACCCGCAGACGUUCCCGUGUGUGCCAAGAACAUCUCUCUGACGCCGAGCGGGGAGAAGGUGAUCCUGUGGACCAGGGAAGCAGAUCGGGUGAUUCUGACGGCGUGUCAGCAGGAAGGAGCCAAUCAGAGCACUUUCCAGAGCAUCUCCAGUCUGCUCGGCAACAAGACUCCAAGCGAGGUCUCCCGCAGAUUCCGGGACUUAAUGUGCCUCUUUCAGAGCGCCGCUCGCCAGGCCAGCUCGGAGGACGAGGCUCCGCCCACCGAGUCCCAAGCCAAUGAAGACUGAGAAUGAUUUUGUAGUAUUUAUCUUUGCGUCUGUAAAUAUGUGUUCGCUAUUAAAACAUUGAUGGAUCUUUUUGAAAACA